AGUGUGUGAGAGAGAGAGUCUCUAGAGAGAGAAAAGGUCUGUUUCAGUGUAGAGAGAAAGAGGGAAUAGCGAAAGGGUCAUGCAGGGGAGGAAUUUCACCCAGAAUUAUCAUUUUUAAAAGCGAUAUUCUAGGUUUCACAAUUCGCUCUGUUUUUUCGGGAGAUAAUUAUGAGUCGAUUAGGGUUUACAUCAGUGGUUUAUCAUGGAGAUGUGUAUCUAGGGGAACUGGAAGCAGUUAUUUUGAAGGCCGGGAAUUUCCAAUUCCCCAAUAAUGAGAUUCGAAUUCAUCACAUCACGCCUAACAGCGACAGAUGUCAUCCCCUCUCUGUUCUACAGACGAUUUCCUAUGCCUCUGUAGUCUGCAAACUUGAGCCCUGCGCUGAUGCCAAUCCGAAUCCCGAUGAGCCGUCUCCUCUCAUCAAUCUCCACGCUUCAUGCUUCUACGAACUCAAGACGGCGGUUGUGUUGGUUGGUAGUGAGGAAAUUCAUUUAGUGGCAAUGCCUAGCAUGCAGAAGAAGUUUCCAUGUUUUUGGUGCUACUCAGUGCCGUGUGGUUUGUAUGAUGCUUGCUUGUGGAUGUUGAAUACCCGAUGUUUAGCCAUUGUGUUCGAUCUAGACGAAACUCUUGUUGUUGCCAACACUAUGAAGUCGUUUGAGGAUAGAAUCGAUGCUUUGGUGGGUUGGAUUGCGCGUGAGACGGACCCUAUUCGGGAAUCUGGGAUGACAGCGGAGAUGAAGAGAUAUGUUGAGGAUCGUGCAUUGCUCAAGCAGUAUGCAGAGAUUGACAGCGUUGUGGAUGGUGGGAAAGUGUAUAGGGUGCAACAUGAGGAAGUCCCUAUUCUAUCAGAUGGGAUUCGUCGUGUUGUUCGGCCUGUAGUAAGGUUGCCUGAGAAAAAUAUUGUUCUUACACGCAUUAAUCCUGAGAACCGUGAUACCAGUGUGCUGGUCAGGUUACGACCUGCUUGGGAAGAUUUAAAAACUUAUCUAACUGCAAAAGGCCGGAAAAGAUUUGAAGUCUAUGUUUGCACUAUGGCUGAGAGAGAUUAUGCCCUGGAAAUGUGGCGGCUGCUUGAUCCAGAAGCACACUUAAUUAGCUCAAAGCAGCUACUGGACCGUGUUGUAUGUGUCAAAUCAGGUGCUAGGAAAUCUUUGCUCAAUGUCUUCCAGAAUGGCAAUUGUCAUCCAAAGAUGGCGAUGGUUAUAGAUGACCGGUUGAAAGUGUGGGAAGACAAGGAUCAGCCUCGUGUCCAUGUAGUUCCUGCAUUCACUCCAUAUUAUGCUCCACAAGCAGAGAUUGCAAAUGCUGUUCCUGUCCUUUGUGUAGCAAGGAAUGUAGCAUGCAAUGUUAGAGGUGGUUUUUUCAAGGAGUUUGAUGAAAAUGUCUUGACAAGAAUAUCUGAAAUUUUCUACGAAAAUGAGCUUAUCAACUUACCCUGUGCACCAGAUGUGAGCAACUUUUUGAUUUCAGAGGAUGCUAAUCUUAUACCAAAUGGGAAUUCUAAUGGUCCAGUCGCUGAUGGAAUGAAUGGACCUGAAGUUGCACAAAGAUUGCAUCCUCUGGAUGAGAAGAAUGGCACCCAUGCUGCUUCCCUUUCCUUUGCUAAUAACCUUGAGUUGAAGUCUGAAAGCUCUAAGAUUCCUGUAGUAUCUUCUAUUGCCAAUGCUGUUGGUCCAGUUACCAGGGCUUUACCUUCUGAAAAACCCAGUUUGCUUGGCGAUCCAUUUAGAAGAGAUAGCAGGUUUCCAAUUUCAACUGAACCACCUCUAUUGUCUAGAUUUCCUUGGCAGGCACCAAUCCUGCAGCCACAAGGUGUUCGGAUAGUUGAAGAUGAUAAUAGUGGAGGGAAUUUUAGCAACCAGACUCCAGGAAUAUUUUCAGAAUAUGAUCGAGGGCUUCAGAACUCAUUCAGUCAUGGUACUUCAUCAUCAGUUCCUCUGGAACUUUCGCAUGUAAAUCCAAUGAAAGCUGAAGAGGCUAACUCAGUCUCUGACAGCCAGAAACAGGGCCCCUUGUUACCAAAUCAGUUUGCAGAUUAUACUAAAUCAAACAAUCAAACUUCAACCACUGGUAAAGAGCUUAAAAGUGAAGGUGAUAAAAUGAACCUGUUGCCAUCUUUUUCUAUAAGCGUGCUUCAAGAGAUUGGAAGAAGAUGUAGAUCAAAGGUUGAAUUCAGACCUGUUGUAGGUACCGGAAAUGAUUUGCACUUCUCAGUUGAGGUAUUCUUCACUGGUGAAAAAAUUGGUGUUGGAAUGGGAAAGACGAGAAAAGAUGCACAGCAACAAGCUGCAGACAAUGCUCUUCGGAGCUUAGCUGAUAAUUAUGCUUCUUAUAUUGCACCUCACUGUACCACUGUGGAUAGUGAUUUUGAUCGACCCAUUUUAGAAAAGGAAAAUGGGUUUCUUUGGGACACUGCCAAGCCUGGACCUGAAGAACUGCCAGUUAGUAAUGGAUAUUUGAAACAAAAUAAUGACAAGGAGAAAUAUGACAAUGGAUCCCAUGGCUGAUCUAAUUGUUUGCUUGAGAGCUCUGUGGAUGUUACAAUAGUAGGAGUUGUGUUUGUCUUGUGAUGAACCAGUUCUUCGAAUUUUAUACCACACGGUUUGGGAGCAGAAAACAAGGAUUGCUUAAAUUCAUUGUCUCAUUUCUCAGCUGGUCCACUUCAAUGCUUCACAAUGUUCAUAUUGGAGGUUACUUGACUGGAGCAAAUCCUCGUAGCAACAACAUUCUAGCUUUUUCUUAGUGCGGAAUUUCACAUACAAAAAAAUGCAGAGAAGUAGCCAUGGUGAGGUUGAGUUCUGUCUGUGGUUUCCCUAUCCCAAACAUGGAGAAGAUUUCUUUGAUUGAGGCAAACAAGAACAGACAAACACCGAAUUGUUUGAAGGUAUGCCUAAGUACAAGGAUUUUCACCACCAGAAAGCAAACUUGGUGUAAAACAAGUUUAUACUUAACAGUCUAAAUGUAGAAGCGACUCUAAGUGCACAGCAUUUUUUAGAUGUAAUGAAUUACUGGGGUUGACCUCUGAAGGAGUUGUGAUUGAGUGUGCUGAAUCUGAUUGAAUGCGCAUAGGAGUCCUAAUCUUAGUAAAAAGUGACACUAUUAAUUAAGGUAGAAAAUUUUAUGGAUAUGUACUUGCAUAUUAUUAUGAUAUAUUGCAAGUGUAUCCUUUAUUUUUACUUCAACGAAGAGGAAUAUUUACUCAA